AUGGCAUUGACAACGAGAAGCGCAACAACGGCGGCGUGUAGCAGCUGUAGGCAAUGGAUCUUACGAUCAUUCAUCGCCAGCAUUGGUGGGACAGCAGCAGCACCACGCCAUCAACGACGGACAUUCGCCGCAUCGACAACGAGAUGGCGAGAGGAGCAUGCCUUGAACGAUAUCAACACCGGGUUCUCGGCUGCCCCCAGGAGACGACUGAAUGAUAACGAUCCUAUUCAAGGAUCGACUCCAGUGAGAUCCAAGAGCCGUGAGGAAGUGCACGAGUACGAAGUCACGGGCGAGCAACUGCAAGAGAUGCAGGAAUUGGAGGAAGCCAUCGCCAAGGAGCAAGCACAAGCGAAGGCGCAGCGGAGGGCGGAAAGGGCGGCAAAGGAAGACAGUGAGGAUGUCGAAGGAAAUGCAGCAACCGAACAGACGGAGCAUGUCCCCUGGUAUCUCCAAGUCCAGUCGCCUCUUCCACCGACAGAGUCCAGCUUAUCUGCUCGUCAACGGAUACCAGACCUCCCAUCCCACCCUCCUAGCCUCCUCGAGCCCCUUCUGCAGCAGGUCUCCGUCGACCUGGGCAUGGACGACCUUACACUUCUCGAUCUGCGCGAGCUAGAUCCUCCGCCAGCCCUAGGUGCCAAUCUCUUUAUGCUUAUAGGAACAGCGCGCUCGGAAAAGCAUCUACAUGUUUCCGCAGACAAACUCUGCAGAUGGUUGCGCUCGAAUCAUAAUCUCACACCCUUCGCAGAUGGCCUGCUUGGACGACAGGAGCUCAAAGUCAAGCUUCGACGAAGAGCGAAGCGAGCUCGGCUGAUGAGUGCAGUGGGCGCGAAGGGCACGAACGAUACAGAGCUCGACGAAGGCAUCAGGACAGGUUGGGUUUGCGUCAAUAUUGGCAGGAUCGAAGGAGGAGAGUUGCCGAAGACAGAAGCUGAGAUUGAAGCAGAGAGCAAGAUUGUAGGGUUUGGAACAAGGACAACUGGCUGUCAUGUUGUUGUGCAAUUGAUGACAGAAGAGAAGCGAGGAGAGCUAGACUUGGAGAAACUUUGGACAGGCAUGUUAAACAGAAGUCGCAAAGCGAAAGAAGAAUUGUUCAGGAAGGAGGAAGAAGAGCCGACCAUUGCCGAAGAGGCACAGACUACACGAAACCACGAAGACACGGAGAGGAAAGCGGUGGGUGAUACUGUGCUGUUUUCGCCACCGCAUGUGGGAUCUCGCGAAACACACCAAGAGGCUCGAAUAUGA